AUGGAGAAAUACUUGGAUACACUGAACGCAAAUUAUCCUAAUAUUACUAGACUUUAUAGCAUUGGAAAGUCUGUUAAAGGGCGUCACUUAUACGUUAUGGAAAUAACUGAAAAUCCGGGGAAACAUAGUCCAAAUAAACCAGAAUAUAAUAGAGAACAAGAACCUGAAACAAAAGCAGUGAUGGAUUGGAUCGCAAAAAUUCCGUUUGUUCUUUCUGCUAAUUUACAUGGGGGAACUUUAGUAGCAAAUUAUCCAUACGAUAAUGCACCACAGUAUACGCCUAAUGCUCCAAAUCUAAGUCCGGACAAUGAUAUCUUCAAAGCACUAGCAUUGGCAUACUCAAAUGCUCAUCCUCGUAUGCACCUUGGAGAACCAUGUCCGCCACUUCCCAACGAGCGACCAAAUAUGCAAAGUGUGCUCGAGGAACGUUUUCCAAACGGAAUAACUAAUGGAGCUGCUUGGUAUUCCGUGAGCGGAGGAAUGCAAGAUUACAAUUAUGUUCAUAGUAAUGAUUUUGAGAUUACAUUAGAAGUUGGGUGCACAAAGUUCCCAAAUACAACCGAAUUACCAAUGUAUUGGCUACAAAACAGGGAACCUCUGUUACGUUUUAUUGAAAUGUCUCGCAAAGGCAUCCAUGGUAUAGUUCGUUCAUCUAUUGGCAACGUCGUACCUCAUGCCAAAAUAUCUGUAGAUGGAAUUAAACAUCAUAUUUAUGCAGCCGAAGGCGGUGAUUAUUGGCGACUCUUAGUCCCGGGAAAAUACAAUGUUACAGCCAGUGCAGUAGGAUAUGAGUCUCAAACACAAAAUGUAAUUGUACCUGAGGGAAACAGUAUGGGAGAAGGAGAGGAGAUACUGGAUUUCACGCUAAUGCGAGAUGAUCCUCAACACUGGUCAUCCGCGUACGAUUUUGGGUUAAUGGCGAAUUUGCAGAAAAUUUACUUAAAAAAUGCAGAGUUAAGUGCUAGGUUUAGUCAGUUAGAAAAUCAUCAGCCAAACGUUGCCGAAUUUCAAGCUGGAGACUCGUUAAUUAGUAUGGCUAUACAUUCUUUAAAGAUUACACAUGACAUGGGAGCACCAGAAGAAAAUAAAUUUCAUAUUGGUUUAAUUGGUGGGCUAUUUGCCUCUCAACCAGUGGGUAGAGAAAUUCUGUUGCGACUAGCUACGCACAUCCUUAUGGGAAAUCAACUUGAAGAUCCUCCUAUACAGAAAAUACUGAAUAAUUCUGUUUUACAUUUCAUUCCUGGCGUAGAUCCAGGUUUUGAUCAAAUACUAGAUAAUCAAGUUUGUAAUCCUAUAGUGAGAGGGGAAGUUGGCGAGAAACUGUUACAAAAAAGCACUAUGAAUUCUGAUAAGAUCUAUACAGUUACUAAUGCAUUUAAAAAACUGCUGGCUAAUGAGGAAUACGAUAUAGUAGUUAUAUUAGGAAGUGGGGCACUUAAAGUUGGUUACACGGACAAUAAUAUGAAUGCAUUUAAAACACUUGCUGUAAAUUAUGAACAUGCAACGAACAAAGGGACAUGUAGUAUCUUUAAUAGUGAAGUUAAAGAAGUGCAAGAUUAUAUUCAAAAUGAAUAUAACAUUCCAGUAAUGAGUAUCAACUUGGCUUGUUGCAAGUAUCCACCUGCCGAAUCUAUUCCAAAUAUUUGGCGUGAACAUUUAUUGCCUCUGAUGCAGCUUAUUCGUAGCCUAACAACUGGUAUCAGGGCAGUAGUAACAGGUGUUGAUAACAUUCCUUUGAGGGAAGCAGUCAUUAAGAUUGGAACGAAACAGUAUGAGGUGUCAAAGAAUAUGGCUUACUUUAAGAUUAUUCUCCUUCCUGGUGAAUAUACAUUAACAUUCUCCUGUGAGGGGUAUAUAGAACAAUCCGUUAAAGUUCACGUGAAAGAUGAAAGUAUAAAAGAUGUUACUGUUACAUUGACAAAACGUCAUGUAGAUGAAAUUGAACAUCAAACGAAUGAUAAAGAUUCGGAGCCAAAUGUUGUGAACCAAAUUUUAACUGAUCUAAACAAUAAAUACUCAGAGUUAUCUAUUUUACAUACUAUUGGCAAGUCACAAAAAGGUAUUCGAAUAAUGUGCUUAGAAAUUGGAGCUGAAAAUAAUUACAAACGAAUAGGCCGCCCGUCGAUUGCCUUUGUAGCUGGUGUUUCCAAUGGUGUACACGUAACAUCUAAAGUCUUACUACAUUUCACUACGUAUCUCUUGGACCAUUAUAGAAAAGAUACUAAAGUUACAAAUUACUUAGAUAAAUAUACAGUGUACAUUGUCCCGGAUUUAACCCAAAAUCCUAAUAACAAUCAAUCUUGUUCUUCGUUUAUUGUGGAUGACUUACGAUUUCCUAUUAAUGCUCCAUUGUCCAAUGCAGCAAGUACAAUAAUUAGUUGGUUCAGAAAAAUGAAUCCAAUGUUAGCGAUAAAUUUAAAUAUUGGUUCUCAACAUAUUGAAAUUCCGUUCGCGGGAAAAUACGGAAAAAUGUCAGAAUAUUUAUAUGAAACCGAUGAUGAUGUUGUAUUACAAGAUUUAGCGAUCACGUACACUAAACACAAUGUCUAUAUGACUUCGAAAGAUUCAUUUUGCAAUCGUGAUUUAAAUAUAAAUGCUACUGGUGUUAUUCAUGCUGGGGAAGGAAUUGGUGGGAGAAGAGAACAUUCCUUAGUGGAUUAUCUUUAUCUAAAUACAAGUACUUUGAUGAUAGAUGCAUAUAUUACCUGUUGUGAUACAGAUGAUUCAAGAAAUGUGUGGGAAGAUAAUAAAGACAGUUUCUUAGCUGUGGUAGGUAAGCUUAAUGAUGGAGUGAAAGGAUAUGUUCUUACUAAAAACAACGAACCAAUAGAAAAUGCCAUUUUAUCAUGCAACAAAUCACUGCACCACAUUAAAAGUGGAAUAAACGGAGCUUACUGGCUUUUACUUCAACCUGGUACUCACACUAUAAGUGCCAGAGCACCUGGAUAUGUUCAGCAAAUUAAAGUUUUCGUUACAACGGAUGUACAUAAUAUUUCAAAUUUAAUAUUUAAAUUAAGAUUUAAUGACAAGUUCCUGGGAAUGCCUAGAAUCGUUUUCAUCAUACUUAUAAGUAGUAUAUGCUUCGGAAUUAUUGCUUGUGCUAUGUUCAUCUGCGCAAAUUGUAAAGCUUCUAAAGAGUUGCAAAAAAACAAUCGGAGUGGAUAUGCGUUUAGUUUACUUAAAGAUGGAACAAGCUUUUUUGAUGAUGAUGAGAAGGAAGUUGAAAUAUUUAGAAGACCAGUGAAUGGACAUAUGCAAGCUAGUGAAGUUACAAAACCAUAUUUUGAUGAUGAAAACAUGUCUAGUUCUGAGGAUGCCAGUGAUUUAGAAUUUAUUAAGCCAGGUCAAGUUCAGUGGGAAGACAAAGCAUCAACAGAAACUAGAUAG